GUGCUGCCCGUAGGGGUUUUUUCCCCACGGCCCCUGAGCGAGAAAGUUGCCUGUAGAUUGCAGGGGGGUAGAUAAACCGCAGCGGGCUGGCCCCUCCUAGACGCGUGGAUAGGAGGAGGGAGACGAGAAGUAGCUGAGGGCGGUGUCAGCUCGGCCGGGAGCGGAGACCGUUGGGUUGCUGCGUAGCCCCUUGGCAGAGCCUUUGGCGGCAGCGGAUAUAGGAGGAAACAUGAACGGGAACAAAACAAAUUGUGUCCUGCUCACUGGCUUCAUUAUUCUGGCUGUGUUUUGCAGUUCUGGAUAUAUGCUGAAGUGUUACAGCUGUCCACUUACUGCUGUGCCAUGUAAGACCAAUGUUACCUGCCCAAGUGACACUGAUUCUUGCCUAUGGCUUAAAGUUGGUGAAAGCACACUCUCUAAUUGCUAUAAAUAUUCCAACUGCGACAUGAACCAAAUUAAAGAGAAAUACAAGAUUGACAACUUCCAUUUCAAAUGUUGCCAAAAAGAUCUGUGUAACAGGAGUCAAACCACAAUGAUUAGUACAGCAGUCUUCAGCAUUGCUACCAUGAUGACCAUGAUCUGGAUACUCUGCUUUUAAGAUGGAGGGGGGAAAAAAGAAUUUUUUUCUUAUAUACCUACUGAUUUAUAAAUCGUACAUAUAAACAUGCUGUCUAUUGUAUACAAUUUUUGUGCCUAGAACAGUUGUGUUUGAGAAAGCAGACUUUUACAAAAACAGUGUUGUUUUUUUUUUCUAAGCUACAUGUUAAAAAUAUAGGGAAAGUACAUCUGCAGUGGUAGAUAACUUCCAUCAAGAAUCUGCAGUUAUAAUUAUCUAUGUGUUAUCUGGAGUAAAUUCUUUCCCUUGCUUACAGUGAGUUUCAUAUCUCUGAUCUGAUUUGAGUUUGUCCUCUGCACUCCAGUUGUGGCAAUGUUACAUAGCCUUCCAAAGGUAUAAGCAAUUUUUUAAAGUCAGACUAUUGUUUAUGAAACUGUUACGAGUUGUCUUGCCCCAGCAGCUUUUCCUUUAUUUUCUUAUGUAAUAGUUUCUGCUUGAAAAUAUGUUUAACAAAUGCACCUAACUCCCCAUGUGUUAUACAAAAAAGCAACCAUGACCUGAUAACUGCCAAAAUUGUAUUAUUAUGGGUACUGCUUUGUGGCUAAUGUAGUGCAUGCUUAUACAUGAAAUGACUCUUGACAGUCUGGUUUGUUUUUUGUGUGUAAAGUGUAGUGAUUCAGACUGGGGUGAUAUUUACAGUCCCUCUCUUGUUCCUGGAGAACUUCUGUAGUAGCUAUUCCUCCUCCUUUCUUAGAAGUAAUGUAAAUUAACUGAGGGGCAUGCUCCUACUUUACUUAGAGAAGGGGUAAAGUGAAUUACCACUUUUUUUUUUUUUUGGAUCCUUGAGAUCUUUAAUCUGCAGUAUCCAGAGUUUCCUAUGCUGAGCACUACACUUCAUCUUGGUGACACUUUGAACAGAUUGUAAAGGCACCAUGCUUUUCCUUACUGAGAGCAAGUUUUUUUUUUUUUUUCCCCCUUCAAAAUGAUUUCUCCACUUAAAUUAUUCUGUAACUUCAGUGAUCAUUCACACUCAGCAGUAAUGUAGGAUGAUAAUAAAAUAUGAGCUGUGGCUGGUUUAUUUACCUAAAUGUGAGAAUUGUAGUGCAGUGUAGAAAUCUCAAGACAUUCACAGGCAUCUUCUAUCAGGGAAGGGAUCUUUCUCAGCCUAAGGUAGUAGACAGGGCAUCUGCACACUUGGCUCCUCAUCACUACUACAGUCCGUUACACCUUACAUACCUAUCCACAAGGCUAGGUUUUUAGCGUGUAGAUAAUGAUU